CAUGCUCGGCAAGGGAACGAGACCAUCUCUGCCUUCUAGAGGCCUGGAGGACUCCGCGCAACAUCUUGCUGGUGCAACGCAAGGUGCAUGCCUACAGGGAGAAGCUCCAAAGAUGAAUUCUACUUUAGAAUUCACCAUCACAGCUGGAAAGGACGGGAGAUUUUGUUGGUGGAAUUAUCUAACAACUUUCUCAAAUCUUUCUGACCCAUACAUUUCGCAGAACCCCUGUCCAGAGACUGGGGCAGCCUUCCCCUCCAAAGCCACGUUCUGGUGGAUUUCUGGCCUGGUCUGGAGGGGAUACAGGAGGCCACUGAGACCAAAAGACUUCUGGUCGCUUGUGAGAGAAAACUCCUCAGAAGAACUUGUUUCCCGGCUUGAAAAGGAGUGGAUGAGGAACCGCAGUGCAGCCCGGAGGCACAACAAGGCAAUAGCAUUUAAAAGGAAAGGCGGCAGUGGCAUGGAGGCUCCAGAGACCGAGCCCUUCCUACGGCAAGAAGGGAGCCAGUGGGGCCCACUGCUGAAGGCCAUCUGGCAGGUGUUCCAUUCUACCUUCCUCCUGGGGACCCUCAGCCUCGUCAUCAGUGAUGUCUUCAGGUUCACUGUCCCCAAGCUGCUCAGCCUUUUCCUGGAGUUUAUUGGUGAUCCCAAGCCUCCAGCCUGGAAGGGCUACCUCCUCGCCGUGCUGAUGUUCCUCUCGGCCUGCCUGCAAACGCUGUUUGAGCAGCAGAACAUGUACAGGCUCAAGGUGCUGCAGAUGAGGCUGCGGUCGGCCAUCACUGGCCUGGUGUACAGAAAGGUCCUGGCUCUGUCCAGUGGCUCCAGAAAGGCCAGUGCGGUGGGUGAUGUGGUCAACCUGGUGUCCGUGGACGUGCAGCGGCUGACCGAGAGCAUCCUCUACCUCAACGGGCUGUGGCUGCCUCUCGUCUGGAUCGUGGUCUGCUUCGUCUAUCUCUGGCAGCUCCUGGGGCCCUCCGCCCUCACUGCCAUCGCUGUCUUCCUGAGCCUCCUCCCUCUGAAUUUCUUCAUCACCAAGAAAAGGAACCACCAUCAGGAGGAGCAAAUGAGGCAGAAGGACUCACGGGCACGGCUCACCAGCUCUAUCCUCAGGAACUCGAAGACCAUCAAGUUCCAUGGCUGGGAGGGAGCCUUUCUCGACAGAGUCCUGGGCAUCCGAGGCCAGGAGCUGGGCGCCUUGCGGACCUCCGGCCUCCUCUUCUCUGUGUUGCUGGUGUCCUUCCAAGUGUCUACAUUUCUGGUCGCACUGGUGGUGUUUGCUGUCCACACUCUGGUGGCCGAGAAUGCUAUGGAUGCAGAGAAAGCCUUUGUGACUCUCACAGUUCUCAACAUCCUCAACAAGGCCCAGGCUUUCCUGCCCUUCUCCAUCCACUCCCUCGUCCAGGCCCGGGUGUCCUUUGACCGUCUGGUCACCUUCCUCUGCCUGGAAGAAGUUGACCCUGGUGCCGUAGACUCAAGUUCCUCUGGAAGCGCUGCCGGGAAGGAUUGCAUCACCAUACACAGUGCCACCUUCGCCUGGUCCCAGGAAAGCCCUCCCUGCCUCCACAGAAUAAACCUCACGGUGCCCCAGGGCUGUCUGCUGGCUGUUGUCGGUCCAGUGGGGGCAGGGAAGUCCUCCCUGCUGUCCGCCCUCCUUGGGGAGCUGUCAAAGGUGGAGGGGUUCGUGAGCAUCGAGGGUGCUGUGGCCUACGUGCCCCAGGAGGCCUGGGUGCAGAACACCUCUGUGGUAGAGAAUGUGUGCUUCGGGCAGGAGCUGGACCCACCCUGGCUGGAGAGAGUUCUAGAAGCCUGUGCCCUGCAGCCAGAUGUGGACAGCUUCCCUGAGGGAGUCCAUACUUCAGCUGGGGAGCAGGGCAUGAAUCUCUCCGGAGGCCAGAAGCAGCGGCUGAGCCUGGCCCGGGCUGUAUACAGAAAGGCAGCUGUGUACCUGCUGGAUGACCCCCUGGCGGCCCUGGAUGCCCACGUUGGCCAGCAUGUCUUCAACCAGGUCAUUGGGCCUGGUGGGCUACUCCAGGGAACAACACGGAUUCUCGUGACGCACGCACUCCACAUCCUGCCCCAGGCUGAUUGGAUCAUAGUGCUGGCAAAUGGGGCCAUCGCAGAGAUGGGUUCCUACCAGGAGCUUCUGCAGAGGAAGGGGGCCCUCAUGUGUCUUCUGGAUCAAGCCAGACAGCCAGGAGAUACAGGAGAAGGAGAAACAGAACCUGGGACCAGCACCAAGGACCCCAGAGGCACCUCUGCAGGCAGGAGGCCCGAGCUUAGACGCGAGAGGUCCAUCAAGUCAGUCCCUGAGAAGGACCGUACCACUUCAGAAGCCCAGACAGAGGUUCCUCUGGAUGACCCUGACAGGGCAGGAUGGCCAGCAGGAAAGGACAGCAUCCAAUACGGCAGGGUGAAGGCCACAGUGCACCUGGCCUACCUGCGUGCCGUGGGCCCGAGACUGCACGAUUGCACUCCAGCCUGAGUGACAGAGUGAGACGCUGUCUCAAAAAAAUUAAAAAAAAGAGUUGCCAGUGGCAAGGAAAGGAAUGGAUUAGUAAGAGGCACAGAAGAGGUACAUAAGAGGUAAGAGGCACCACCUUUCGGGGUGAUAAAAGUAUUCCCUGUGGUCAUGGUGGUGCUUACAAGACUGUAUACAUUUGUCAAAACUCAUUAAGAAUGUUCUAUCCACUAUAGGAUGAGUAAAGUGAACAAUAAAAUAUUACAUCGUUUCCAAGAGCUAGAAGAAGGACAUUGAAUGUUCCCAACACAAAGAGAUGAUAAAUGUCAUUAUAUAGGAAGUAGCAAAAUAAAAGUAAAGGUAAAUGCUUGAGAUGAUGGAUAUGCUAAUUAUCCUGAUCUUAUCUCCCCACACAUUAUAUGUAUUAAUAUCAAAACAUUACUAAGAGCUGGACUCAGUGGCUCACACCUGUAAUCCCAGCACUGUGGGAAGCUGAGACAGGAGGAUCCCUUGAGGCCAGGAGUUCAAGACCAACCUGGGCAACAUAAGAAGCCCCUGUCUCUGUAAAAAAAUUAAAAAUUAGCCUGGCACGGUGGUGCAUGCCUAUGGUUCCAGCUACUCAGGAGGCUAAGACGGGAAGACAGCUAGAGCCCAGGAGGUCAAGGCUGCAGUGAGUUGUAGUCAUGCCACUGCACUCCAGCCUGGGCCACAGAGCGAGACCCUGUCUCAAAACCAACCAACCAAACAACUAAAAAAAUCAUUAUGGACUCCAUGAACAUGUAUGAUUAUUUGUCAAUUAAGAAAUAAAUUUUUUAAGUUGAAAAAACUCACUCAAGCUGUACACUUAAAAAAACUUGAAUUUGUUUUAAAUCGGUGAGUUUUACUUUAUAUAGAUUAUACCUCAAUAA